UGAACCAGGAAGUGUUUUGGUGUGACGCGAGCACAUGCGCCGCUUAUCAUCACAAUCAUGCAGCAGACACAUAACUGCACUCAUAAUUUAGUGCAAUCUGUAUGUGUGUUUUAUAAGUAGAGAUGCUGCGCCGUGCGUAUGACUGUGGAGAUGCGCGCUCUUCUUCCGUCUGCACCUGAAGUCUGCACGCGAGACUUGGAGAAGUGUUUUGUAGUUAUGAGUGAAUGAUGGGUCAAAAUGCAAGCUACACUGAAUACGGGUCAUGGAAAAUCUAGAAAACUCGACAGAUUGCAAGGAGACUGUGUCUCCACUAAACAAUUCAGGGUCUACACUGAACAGCACCGUCUCCUGUCAUGACGGCAAAGCUAUGGGUUUUGUGCUGGUGCAUGCAGGGGCAGGGUAUCAUUCAGAAUCCAAAGCCAAGGAAUACAAACAUGUGUGCAAGAGAGCGUGCCAGAGAGCUGUGGACAGGCUCAGAGCUGGAGGAUUGGCGCUGGAGGCUGUGACAGCAGCUCUUAUAGAGCUAGAGGACUCCCCAUUCACCAAUGCGGGUACCGGUUCCAACCUAAACCUCUCUGGUGAGAUUGAGUGUGAUGCCAGCAUCAUGGAUGGGAAGUCCUUAAACUAUGGAGCUGUUGGAGCCUUGAGUGGAAUCAAGAACCCGGUGCUGGUAGCCAGAAGACUAUUAAGUGAAACUCAGAAGGGGAAGCUAUCAGCUGGCAGGAUCCCUCCCUGUUUUUUAGUGGGCAAAGGAGCAGAACAGUGGGCCAUCAGCCAUGGUAUCCCAGCAUGCCCUACAGAGAAGAUGACCACCAAGUUCAGUUUGUCAGGCUACAAGAGGAACAAGAGGAAGAUGGAGCUGGCGGAGCAGAUUGAGACAAAGAGAAAAAGACAAUCGUGUGGACAUGAGAAUGAUUUUGGCUGCUUGGAGCCAGUAGGAGACAUCAUGGUGGAAGGUGAGGAGAAUAACUCGGCCCGUCUGGACACGGUUGGUGCGGUCGUGGUGGAUCGGGAAGGGAAUGUGGCGGCUGCGGUUUCCAGCGGAGGCCUGGCCAUGAAACACCCGGGUCGGGUGGGACAGGCUGCUCACUAUGGUUGUGGCUGCUGGGCUGAAAACGCCCGUGACGUCAGCCUUUACUCUACAGCUGUGAGUACCUCAGGCUCUGGAGAGCAUCUGAUUCGCACCAUGUUGGCCAGAGAGUGCUCUACUGCCAUGCAGGCUGAAAACGCACACCAGGCCCUACUGGAGGCUAUGCAAAACAAAUUCAUCAGUUCGCCGUUCCUGGCUGGCGAGGACUGUGUUCUGGGUGGGGUGAUCGUUCUGAGGUGCUGCACAUGUGGAGAAGCCCAGCGCUCUGAAGACAUCCAGGCUCUGCUGGUGGAAUUUCUAUGGAGCCAUACUACAGAGAGCAUGUGUGUGGGAUACAUGUCUGCCCAGGACAGUAAAGCCAGGACUCACAUAUCCAGACUUCCUCCAGGGGCGGUGGCCGGACAGUCACUGGCAAUCGAAGGUGGAGUUUGUCGACUUGGGACCGUGAGUGACUGAAGCGGUGUGAAAUCAUCCUCUAUUUCUGCAGCAAUAUGCCAGCGCCGGAGUCUUUUUAGCAAGAGCUUGAUGUGUGUCAUUGUAGGACACAAUCAGAAAGGGACAAAAAGUUUGCAAUAUGUCUUUUCUUCCAUCUUUUUCUUUCUUGCACAGAUAUAAACACAUUUAUUCACAAUGAUUCCCAAUAUUAUUUAUUUAGUCUUUUAUAAAAACCUACCAUACUACUUUUGCUCUCCGUUCAUAGGCAUAGCAUAGACAGUGUCAUCUGUUUUACUGUCACUUGAGAGGGGUUGGGGGGCAGGGUUAGCAGGGUAAUUUGCCUAAGGCGUCUGCUAAGAAAAGGACAUGCCAAGUGCACUUCGGGACUAGUGUACUGCUCUGGUUUUAGUGGGCUUCCAGGAAACUCAGCUUCUAGUAUGUGCUGGAUAAGACUUGAUGCUCCAUUUCUAUUCCUCUUUGAAACAAUAUGCACCGUCCUUAUCAUUGUAAAUAAGCUAAGGUUUGUUGAAACAGGGUGGCCAUUGAUGUAAACGGCUUAUUGGAUUUUUGCUUACUUGACGUUUAAUAUUACUUUUACUAUUAUGUUUUUAUAUAUAGCCAAGAUGCUUGUUUUGUGCAGAAGUUUAGUUUAGGGACUUAUAAAAAAAGGUCUGAGUGUAGAUUUCUGACACGUGUGCUUGACGUGAGUCUAGUUGAGUUGCAAAUGCGUACACAACGUGGCAUACAGGAUAAAAUCCUUUUGGAAUUUUUUUUGAAGAAUUGCCUUUUCAUUUGACUUUUUAAAGCUAUGUAUAGCAGUUCAGUUGGAUGAAUAGUUCACCCAAGAAUGAGAUUUUGUCAUUUACUCACUCUCAUGCCAUUCCAAACUGUAUCCUGGCCAUUCUUUUCCAUAUAGGAAGUUUUAAAACAAUUAAAAAGAACCAAAGUA